CAAACCUCCAAACUACUAUUGAAGAUUUAGAUUCCUCCAUUAGAAUAGAAGAGCUAAACAUCAAUAUAUAUCUUCAAUUUCUCAAACCAUCUUCACAUCCCAAAAAAUGGAAACUUACUCCUCUGUUCCAAUGGAGAAAACAACCAAAAUCAUCAGAAAAUCAAUCUUUAUUUUUCUUCAGAACUAUCAAUUCUUCACUACAACAACAGCUUUUUUCGCCUUUCCUUUCGCUGCUUCUCUUCUUUUACUACAAUCAUUCAUCUACUCAUCGUCGCUUUAUCCAGUAAUUUAUGAGCGUUUGCAUUUACUUUUCGAUGCAGCAGGGUUCCCUUCUUCAUCAGUGUUCUUCACUCUUCUCAAUUCCAAGAUUUCUCAGACAAUUUCGAUAUCUUUUCUUGCAUUCCCUUUUACCAUUUCCUUUUUUCUCUUCGCCAAAUCUUUAGUAAUCGAAUCUCUUAACUACUCAAAACCAUCUCAAAAAACUACAUUUCCUUCGUAUUUCAACCUUCUUGUGACCCAAUUCUGUAACUCAUUACUCAUCAUUUCCGCAAACGCCACCUGUUUCACUCUCCUGUUUUUCGGGUUCAAUCUUUUUGAUUAUGGAUUCGGGCUUUCGAAUCCAAGAUCAAUUCUUUUGUUAUCAGCAACAGGGGCUGUACUCUGUUCUAUUAUACUCGCAAACACUUUAAUUAUUUGUAAUUUGGCAUUGGUAAUAUCAGGAAAUGAGAAAAUUGGAGGAUACAUGGCGAUUCUCAAAUCUUGUGUUUUGAUCAGAGGAAGAACAGCAACAGCAUUAUCACUAGCCGUGCCUGUAAAUUUAGCUCUGGCUGCAGUUGAAGCUCUGUUUCAAUACAGAAUCGUAAAGGCGUACUAUCAAGAAAAAACAGAGCUUUUUACUCUAGCUUUAGAAGGAAUGUUCAUCGCCUAUAUUUAUUCAGUUCUUCUGGUUCUUGAUACAAUAGCAAGCUGUGUUUUCUACAAAAGCUGUAAAACAGAGGAAGAGGGAAUUUUUCCCAUUUUGCCAUUUUCGUCUAUUUCAACAUAUCAAGAUGAAAUUCAAGACAGAGAUCAAUGUAUAGUUGUGAAGAUAAAGACAUUAGAGGAGUUUUGUUAAGUUUUUUUUUUUCUUAUAUGUUUUCUUGAUUUAUUUUUCAAUUGGAUAAUAAAAAAAAAAGGUCUGGUCUCCAAAUACCAAGGAAUUUCUUGGGGCCAUAAUUGUACUUUUUUUUUUGUUUGUAAUCUCCAAAUAUCCAUUGAUGUAAUCUUUAGAACCUGAAAGCCGCAGCUUUUCUGUAUACAGUAUAGAUGAAAUUCUUGUAAACUGUUUAUAUUUCAAUUUGCAAUGCAAAGAGAAAAA